UUGAAGAAAACAAAGAAGAAAUUGAAGAAAACAAAGAAGAAAUUGAAGAAAAAAGAAGAAAUUGAAGAAAACAAAGAAGAAAUUGAAGAAAACAAAGAAGAAAUUGAAGAAAACAAAGAAGAAAUUGAAGAAACAAAGAAGAAAUUGAAGAAAACAAAGAAGAAAUUGAAGAAAACAAAGAAGAAAUUGAAGAAAACAAAGAAGAAAUUGAAGAAAACAAAGAAGAAAUUGAAGAAAACAAAGAAGAAAUUGAAGAAAACAAAGAAGAAAUUGAAGAAACAAAGAAGAAAUUGA